AUGGCCAAUAUGAAUGAGAACAAUGUAUACUUCGGCACUGACUCGCUGAAAAAAUACUUCAACCCGGACUGUCAGCCUCCUCUACCUCUUGUAGAGCUCCCACCUCAUUUGAACCCUUAUCAUCAAGAUGGGGUGCGGAUAUAUGCCAAAAUGAUGACCAUGCAUCCGGCAAACAAUGUCAAGGCAAUGCCAGCAUUGAACAUGCUUGAGUCUAGUGUUGUGUCCGGCAAGACAGAUCAGAUCAUCGAAUACAGUUCCGGGUCAACAGUGAUUUCAAUGUCAAUGGUUGCCCGCGUCAUGCACGGAGUGAAUGACACCAGGGCCUUCCUGAGUAACAAAACGAGCGACGCAAAACUAAAGUUGAUGCAAUUCUUUGGUCUCGACAUUACCUUAUUCGGUGGACCGUCUCAACCAGAGCCAUUAGACGAACGAGGUGGCAUUCAAAAUGCCCGAAGAAUGGCUCUGGAGUCAGAGACCACUGUCAAUCCCAACCAAUACGAAAACAACAACAACUGGAAGUCUCAUAUGCGAUGGACCGGACCACAGAUAUUCAAGCAGCUGCCUGAAAUAAACGUUCUGUGUGCUGGUAUGGGCACGUCUGGUACCAUGACCGGUCUAGGGACCUAUUUCAAAGAGGUUAAGCCAUCUGUUUACCGACUUGGUGUUUGUACAGCCCCUGGUGACCGGGUACCUGGCCCCAGGUCAUAUGCUCUAAUGCGCCCUGUCGAGUUUCCCUGGAGAGCAGCUGUGGAUACUAUCGAAGAAGUUGGAUCGGCCGAGUCAUACACACUCUCUCUGAACCUAUGCCGAGAGGGACUGGUUUGUGGCCCAUCAUCCGGGUUCAACCUCCAAGGACUCUUCCAGACACUGGGAAAGCGUAAGGCUGCAGGAACCCUAUCUGAGCUCGCGGGGCCAGAUGGCAUUAUCCACUGCGUCUUCCUCUGCUGUGAUUUGCCGUACCAGUACAUUGAUGAGUACUUCCAAAAGCUGGGCGAAGAGCAAUUCCACCCAAUCCGAAACGAGCGCCUGGCAAAAGUUGACCUGCACCGAUAUGACGAGAGCUGGGAGCGGGACCCAUUAGAUAUUUUACCACACUUUUAUGGAUCACCGCGAUCCCUUGCGCAAAGCUUAUUGAGUGAGAUUUCCCUCAAACCGCAAAACAGCGUUGUGGACCUGCGCCAGCCGGAUGACUUCUACACGUGGCACCUUCCUGGUUCGAUGAACUUGCCAUUGUGUAGUGUUAGACCUCAUAGCCCGUCGCCAUUUUCCGAUCCAGGCUUAUUAGAAGCGCAAUGGGUCGAGCUGGAGAAGAUCUUCAAGGAUGACGUCUUGAUCUCAGAUCUAGGACGGCAUCACGUCCUUGUGAUAUGCUACGAUGGAGAUUCGGCACGUGUGGCUACCAGCGUGCUUCGGGCGAAAGGUAUCGAAGCAGACAGCGUGCGUGGAGGCCAUCAUGCGCUGAAGCUGUAUGGAAUUGGGGGUGACAACCCGAUCUCCACUGACAAGGGGCCUAUCAAGGGUAAUGUUUCCAUUACAGCGGUGGCCCUUGAACAGAGGACCUGA